AUGUAUGUAUAUUUCUUUUUGCUUUCCAGAUUAAGACAUCAAGCUCACAAAGAACUUUACGCCUACAAACAGGUGAUCCUAAAGGAAAAAGUCAAAGAACUCAAUUUGCACGAGAUCUGUGCGGUUUGUUUAGAAGAAUUCAGACCCAAAGAUGAACUGGGAAUUUGUCCGUGCAAACACGCGUUCCACAGAAAAUGCCUUAUUAAGUGGUUGGAGGUCCGAAAAGUUUGUCCUCUCUGCAACAUGGCCGUCCUGCAGUUGGCCCAGCUCCACAGCAAGCCGGAUCACCCCGGACCGCCCCAGGAACCCCUGCCUGGCACAGCCAACAUUGUAUAGCUACCCGACGGCUGCCCCUUCGUCCUCCCUCACAGACUCCAAUUCCCGCAGAGACUCCUCGCCAAUGGCUGGGCCCGCUGCUCACGGCCUCCAAGCGUUUUCUCGGGCACCCUUUAUCUCAUGAAAAACAAAACAAACAAAAAAAUCCGACCGGGACUCACCGAAGGGGGAACCGAUUUCCCUCCAACUAGGGUGGAAGGGAAAUAAACCCGACCGGAUGGGAGCUGCAAGGACGCAGGAACGCUGGCGAGUCUCCGGUUUUGUUUUGUCUCUUCGAUUUUAUUUUAUUAUUUUUUUCUUUUUCUACGUGCACUUUACCAAGAGUCUUGGAUUCAAAUUCAGGCGGCCAGCAAGAAAGAGAAAAAGAGAGAGAAAGGAAGAGAGAGAGAAAGGAAGACGCCAUGGGGAGCAAGCGAGAGUCCAUCUCCAGUGAGAGAGAGAGAAAAGCCGCAACGUGAGAAAAUUUGCGUUUGGAUUCCAGCAUCUUUUCGCAAACGGCUUCAAGGGGUCCCGGAGCCGAAAUCCAGCAAGAGAAUCCUUGUUGGAGGAAGAGCCAGGAGGACGAUAAGAUUUCGAACAACUUCAGUGCGAUUUCCUGCGACGUCUGGAUCGGGAAAGGGAAUUCCCUCCAGAGGAAACACCGCUCCGUUCAAAAAACGAGGACGGGGUUCUCCUGGAAUUGUGACUUUGAGAGAAGGGGGGCGGGCGUGGCCAAUCUACCCGAAGCCUCGGGGAAUAGCCCGGUGAAAAGGGAAGGCGGGAAGAAGGUUCUCG